AUGUACUACGCGAUCAACAGUUGGUCAAACGUCCUGAUCUUCCCUGCGAGUCAGGCGCCGCACUACAAGCACGGCUGGCCGGUUAUCCGCCCGCGCAAUCACAGGCAGGUACAGCUGGCGAUGGAGGACGAGGGAGUGUUUGUCGACUCGACGCACAAGCUGGACGAGGAGGAGGACGCUCUCCGCAAGUAUGGAGGUGAGAGCGGAACGCAAGCUGCGGAGGAGGCCGGUGUGCCCGUUCUGAACAGUCGGUCUGGUAAGCUCGCCAGGAUUCAGAUGCGAUCUUGGAUCUGGGAUAUGGUCAAACAUUCCGUCACCUCGCUUGCGAGGAUGGGGACCCCGCGCGAGAUCGCAUAUCUCGGUCCCGUCACGCAUCUGCGGUCGUCUACCUCGGCCUACCGGCAAUCCCCGAGCCCACCGCCGAUGGCCGAGGGACUCGUUGCAGCGCUAUAUCUACUAUCCGGCCGGCUCAGAGCUAUCAACAUCGGCAACAUGAUUACAGCUCGCACUGCCGCCCUCGGCGCCGCCGCCGCAUCGGCCAUUCCCCUCAUCGACGUCAUCCGGCUGAAGAAGACAUACCCACUGCGCGACGGCCCGGCAGAUGCGCCAUGGCCCAAGAUUGUCGGCCACCCGAACGAGGUCGCGACGCACGUCCGCAUCCCCCGUGACGUCAACGCGCGCGAGGCGUUUGUCAACGCCUUCUACCAGAACUGGACCCUGCGUUUCCUCGGCGACCUCUGCCAGCGCUUCCACCUUGAGCCCGCCCCCCUGCCCGGAUACACGAGCCAGGGCACUGCGACCCUCCCCGCCUCCUAUGGACAUGGCAUGUGGCCCGUCCUCGCUCGCACGCCCGAUAGCACUAUGGUCUGGUGGCAAGCUGACAAACCCGGCAAGGGAGGCGCGCAACUCCUCUCCGCCAAGAGAGGUCAGGGGGACGAUGUCGAGAUUGCGUUCGGUGGCGCUGAGACGCCGGACCUCACUGUCGACGCUGUUGGACGGGCGAUCGAGAGGGUGCACUUUGUGUACAUGCAAUAUCUUAUUGACAGAGCGAAGAGGCGAUUGGCGAAGGAGUACAAGCAGUAG